ACAAGGGACAUGUUUCAAAAAACGCGCGGUUUGAAUUUGUUCGAUUGAGCGUACCUGUUUUGUUUUUGUUUGUUUUUUUCCCCAAAAAAUUUACAUUCGUGUUAGUUUUACUGCUCUCUUUUCUCUCUAUAUUUCAUUUAAGAGUUAUUUAGCUUCGUGUAAAGGUUAUUUUUUUAGGAUAAAGUUUAUUAAUCUGGGGUAAAUCCAGCAAAGAAGAAUGCUAGCAAGCUAAUCGCUAGUCUACGAACAGGUUGAUUUUAACAAUUAAACCGUUGUUUGUACAAAAUUAUAUAAAGCUGACAACAUUGAUACUGAUUCCACAAGUGAAUUGUUUGUUUAUUUAUUUAGUGUAAAAUCAUGCUAACGAUUUUUUUUCCCUCUCCAAAAUGGAGGACGCUAGCGUUGUAAAUAUGCGGAAGUGAUAUACGGAAUGCGAAAAGGGACACUCGGACGGAAAGCGCGUUUUGGAAAUUACAGGCGUGUUGAUUAUAUCUGUUUAUUUAAGACUGCAGUGUGGUUUUGAUAUUCAAAUGUACUUCUAAUUUAGAGUGGAGUGAUCUGGAGUGAUUCUGUAUUAUAAUGAUGAAAGUUUAGAAACUUAGUAAACUUACUGAUGAAAGUUUAGAGAUUAAAAACCAGCAGAAGUGCAGUGAGAGGAAUAUGAUGCUCAGGACCGUGAGCAGUUCUCCUCUGGCUCCUUCUGUGAAGGUCAGAUUAAUAAAUGCUGGCUUUCACACAGCUGCAGAUCUGACUGAGGUGCAGCCGCUCCAGCUGUGUAAAGCAGCAGGGAUCUCUCCGGAGGAGGCUGACGAGGUGUUGCGGACGCUGCGUGAUGACUCCUCGCCCCUCCAGCAGGGGGCAGCGGUGCAGAGCCUGACAGCGCUGGAUCUCCUGCACCAGGAGGAGACGCGGGGCAGCAUCGUCACCUUCUGCUCGGAGCUGGACGCCGUGCUCGGGGGCGGGGUUCCUGUGGGGAAGACCACGGAAAUCUGCGGCGUCCCGGGCAUCGGAAAAACGCAGCUGUGCGUGCAGCUGGCUGUAGAUGUGCAGAUCCCGGUGUGUUUUGGAGGACUGGGUGGCGAAGCCGUGUUCAUCGACACAGAGGGCGGGUUUGUGGCGGAGCGGCUGGUGGGCGUGGCCGAGGCUGCGGUGAAGCACUGCGCCGCUCUGGCCGAGGACGAAGAGCAGCGUAAAGCUUUAGAGAGCUUCAGCGUGGAGAAGAUCCUCUCCGGCGUCUUUCUCGUUCGCUGCCAGGAUCACACGGAGCUUCUCGCUGAGCUUCACCUCCUGCACGACUUCCUGAGGAAACGUCCACAGGUGCGGCUGGUGGUGAUUGACAGCGUGGCUUUCCCCUUCAGACACGAGCUGGAGGAUCUCUCUCACAGGACCCGCAUCCUCACCGGGUUUUCACAGCAACUCACUCACUUAUCAGCUCAGCAUGGGGCAGCGGUGGUGCUGACCAAUCAGAUGACGACUAAAGUCUCGAGCGGCCAAUCCAAGCUCAUCCCUGCUCUGGGUGAGAUUUGGGGUCACGCAGCCACACAGAGACUUAUCCUGUACUGGGAAGGAGCUCAGAGGUUUGCGUCUCUCUACAAAUCGUCCAGCCACAGAGACGCCACCGUCCCCUACCACAUCACGGCUGAAGGAUUCAGAGACACGAGUGUUUCAGCGUCUUCUGUCUCGUCUCACAGUCCUGCAGCAGGAAGCCACAGUAAACGUCCUCGCACUGAACACCAGCACAGUUAAUCUCUCUCUCUCACACACACACACACACACUCUGUUUACACAGGAAGAACUGAUCCAAGGUCUGUUUUCUGUUGAACUGAUCUGCACUUCCUCUGCGCUGCUCUGUGUCCGAAUAAAGCUUCCUUUCGUGUCUUUAAAAAUGAUUAAUGUGAACUUCACUGUCAAAUUUGUUUAUAAAACAUUAUCGCUGGAA